CCAGGGCCACCAAAACAAAGGCGGCCGCCUCCGGGGCUGGGUGCAGGCGGAGGACCAUGACAGCCCCGGCUCGCGCGCUGCCCAGUCCCGCCGCCGGGAGGGCGCCGCGGUGAGCCGAGCAGGGACGCGGCCGCCGCCGGGCGUGGAUCCGAAGGUGCGCUCGCGCCGAACCCAGGCCAUCGAGGAGGGGCGGGCCAGGCCGCGAAGAUGUCCUCGGCCGUGGGGCCCCGGGGUCCCCGCCCGCCCACCGUGCCUCCCCCGAUGCCCGAGCUGCCCGACCUGAGCCACCUGACCGAGGAGGAGAGGAACAUCAUCCUGGCGGUGAUGGACCGGCAGAAGGAGGAAGAGGAGAAGGAAGAAGCCAUGCUCAAGUGUGUGGUCAGGGACAUGGUGAAGCCUGCUGCCUGCAAAUCCCCAAGAAAUGUUGAACACCAGCCCCACCAGCCUCCACCGAGAUUGCAUCAACAGUUUGAAAGCUAUAAAGAACAAGUGAGGAAAAUUGGGGAGGAAGCGCGACGUUAUCAGGGAGAGCACAAGGAUGAUGCCCCGACCUGCGGGAUUUGCCACAAGACCAAAUUCGCGGACGGCUGUGGCCACCUGUGUUCCUACUGCCGCACCAAAUUCUGCGCGCGCUGCGGGGGCCGCGUGUCUCUGCGGUCCAACAACGAGGACAAAGUGGUUAUGUGGGUAUGCAAUUUGUGUCGAAAGCAACAGGAAAUCUUAACCAAGUCAGGGGCAUGGUUCUUCGGCAGCGGCCCUCAGCAGCCCAGUCAGGACGGAACGCUCAGCGACACGGCUACAGGGGCGGGUUCCGAGGCGCCGAGAGAGAAGAAAGCCCGGCUCCAAGAGCGCUCGAGGUCACAGACCCCCCUGAGCAGCGCCGCGGCCUCCGCCCCCGACCAGGCUGCCCCCGGCGCGCAGACGGACAGGACCAAGGGCGCUGAGCCCGCCCCUCCAGCCGGGGGCCCCGAGCAGAAGCAGGCAUCCUCCAGGUCUAGAAGCGAGCCUCCCAGGGACAGGAAGAAGACGCCAGGGCUGGCCGAGCAGAAUGGCAAAGGCGCCCCAAAGGGCGAGCGCAAACGCGCGCCCAGGACCUCGGCGCCUCCGGUAGAGGCGCCCGCGGAAGAACGGGAGCGGAAGGAAAGGCGGGAAAGCCGAAGGCUGGAGAAAGGCCGGUCCCAGGACUACUCCGUCGUGCCAGAGAAACGCGAGGAAGGCCCGGCGGCGGAAGCGGAGAAGCAGCGGAAGGAGGAGGAGUACCAGACCCGGUACCGCAGCGACCCGAACCUGGCGCGGUACCCGGUCCAGCCGCCGCCCGAGGAGCAGCAGAUGCGCAUGCACGCGCGGGUGUCCCGCGCCCGGCACGAGCGGCGCCACAGCGACGUGGCCCUGCCGCGCACCGAGGCGGCCGCGGGGCCCGAGGGCAGGCCCGGCCCGCGCGCGCCCCACGCCGCCCGGGGCUCGCCGCCCGCCUCGCCGCGCGCCUACUCGGCCGAGAGGACCGCGGAGGCCCGGGCGCCGGGCGCCCAGCCGCUCGCCGACGCCAGCCCGCCGGCGCCCCGGCCCGGCCCAGGCCCCGCGGAGGCCCCGGAGCCCAGGGCCCCGGAGCCGCUCCGGAAGCAGAGCCGCCUGGACCCCGGCUCGGCCGUCCUGGUGCGCAAGGCCAAGCGCGAGAAGGUGGAGACCAUGCUGCGCAACGACUCGCUCAGCUCCGACCAGUCCGAGUCGGUGAGGCCGUCUCCGCCCAAGCCGCACCGCGCCAAGAGGGGCGGCAAGCGGCGCCAGAUGUCCGUGAGCAGCUCGGAAGAAGAGGGUGUGUCCACGCCGGAGUACACGAGCUGCGAGGACGUGGAGCUGGAGAGCGAGAGCGUCAGCGAGAAGGGUGACUUGGAUUAUUACUGGCUGGAUCCCGCCACGUGGCAUAGCCGGGAAACAUCGCCUAUUAGCUCGCAUCCUGUAACGUGGCAGCCUUCUAAAGAAGGGGAUCGAUUAAUUGGACGUGUUAUUCUUAAUAAGAGAACAACCAUGCCCAAAGAAUCAGGUGCAUUACUGGGUCUGAAAGUUGUUGGAGGAAAAAUGACUGACUUAGGACGCCUCGGUGCCUUCAUCACCAAAGUAAAGAAGGGUAGCCUUGCAGAUGUGGUUGGACACUUGAGAGCAGGGGAUGAAGUUCUAGAAUGGAAUGGUAAACCCCUGCCGGGAGCUACAAAUGAAGAAGUUUACAACAUUAUUUUAGAAUCAAAAUCAGAACCUCAAGUUGAAAUUAUUGUUUCAAGGCCUAUUGGUGACAUUCCAAGGAUUCCUGAGAGCUCCCAUCCACCACUGGAGUCCAGUUCUAGUUCCUUUGAGUCUCAGAAGAUGGAAAGGCCUUCCAUUUCUGUAAUUUCUCCCACAAGCCCUGGAGCUCUCAAAGAUGCCCCACAAGUAUUACCAGGACAACUUUCUGUGAAGCUGUGGUAUGACAAGGUGGGCCACCAACUGAUUGUCAAUGUUCUGCAAGCUACAGACCUACCCCCUAGAGUAGAUGGGCGUCCCAGGAAUCCCUAUGUAAAAAUGUAUUUUCUUCCAGAUAGAAGUGAUAAAAGUAAAAGGAGAACCAAAACGGUAAAGAAAGUCCUAGAACCAAAGUGGAAUCAGACUUUUGUCUAUUCGCACGUGCAUCGUAGAGAUUUUAGAGAACGGAUGUUGGAAAUAACCGUGUGGGACCAGCCCAGGGUGCAGGAGGAGGAGAGUGAGUUCCUUGGAGAGAUCCUCAUAGAGUUGGAAACAGCGCUUCUAGAUGACGAACCACAUUGGUAUAAACUUCAGACUCAUGACGAAUCUUCACUACCUCUGCCUCAGCCAUCGCCUUUCAUGCCGCGGCGACACACCCACGGCGAAAGCGCCAGCAAGAAGCUGCAAAGGUCCCAGCGAAUCAGUGACAGUGACAUGUCAGACUAUGAGGUUGAUGAUGCGAUCGGAGUGGUCCCUCCAGUAGGUUAUAGGUCUAGCGCUCGAGAAAGCAAACCUUCAACAUUAACCGUGCCAGAGCAGCAGAGAACAACUCAUCACCGCUCACGGUCGGUGUCUCCUCAUCGCGGCGAUGAUCAGGGGAGGCCACGGUCACGUUUACCAAAUGUGCCAUUACAGAGGAGUUUAGAUGAAAUUCAUCCAACAAGAAGAUCACGUUCUCCAACCAGACACCGUGAUGCCUCCCGAAGCCCAAUUGAUCAGAGAAUCAGAGAUGUGGAUAGUCAGUGUUUAUCAGAACAAGACAGCGAGCUUCUCAUGCUUCCCAGAGCAAAACGAGGACGGAGCGCAGAAUGCCUGCACACCACCAGACAUCUUGUUAGGCACUAUAAAACAUUACCGCCUAAGAUGCCCUUAUUAGAGAACUGUUCUCACUGGGAUAUUUACAGCUCAAUCCUGCCUGCACGUACCAAAACCAAAACCCUUCACCAUGAAUGCUUUCACUCGAGAGCACUGAGGUUUACUGAUGAGAUUCUGGUUGGUGACCUGCAGCCCUCCCUUGACAGGGCGAGGAGUGCUAGUACCAACUGCUUGAGACCAGAUGCUAGUUUGCAUUCACCAGAACGAGAAAGGGGUAGAUGGCCCCCCUCCCUAGAUAGGAGACGGCCUCCUAGCCCCAGGAUUCAAAUCCAGCAUGCGUCUCCGGAGAAUGACAGGCACUCCAGAAAGUCUGAAAGAUCUAGCAUCCAAAACCAGACUAGGAAAGGCACUGCCUCUGACGCAGAAAGGGUUCUCCCACCAUGUCUUUCUAGAAGGGGAUACGCAGCCGCGAGAGCGACUGAUCAGCCAGUCCUUAGGGGGAAACAUCCCGCUCGCUCCCGCUCGAGCGAGCACCCUAGUGUCAGAACACUGUGCUCUAUGCACCACCUUGCCCCCGGAGGGUCCGCGCCACCUUCUCCGCUCCUGACAAGGACGCACCGGCAGGCGAGCCCCACCCGGUCCCCGCCCGCGGACGCCGCCUUCAGCAGCCGCCGGGGCAGGCAGCUCCCGCAGGUGCCCGUGCGAAGCGGCAGCAUAGAACAAGAACAAGAAAAAUAUAACUCAUCCACAAAAGCAAGCUUAGUAGUGGAGGAGCGAACGAGACAGAUGAAAAUGAAAGUGCAUCGAUUUAAGCAGACAACAGGGUCUGGUUCUAGUCAAGAACUUGAUCGCGAGCAAUAUUCCAAGUAUAACGUACACACAGAUCAGUACAGAAGCUGCGACAACGUCUCCGCCCGGUCCUCAGACAGCGAUGUCAGCGACGUGUCUGCCGUGUCCCGAACCAGCAGCGCCUCCCGCCUCAGCAGCACCAGCUUCCUGUCCGAGCAGUCUGAGCGGCCUCGGGGCAGGAUCAGUUCAUUUACCCCUAAAAUGCAAGGCAGACGGAUGGGGACUUCCGGAAGAGCCAUCACCAAGAGCACAAGCAUGAGCGGAGAGAUGUACACAUUGGAGCAUAAUGAUGGCAGCCAGUCGGACACAGCUGUGGGCACCGUCGGAGCAGGUGGGAAGAAGAGGAGGUCCAGCCUGAGUGCCAAAGUGGUUGCCAUAGUGUCGCGAAGGAGCAGAAGCACGUCCCAGCUGAGCCAAACAGAGUCAGGCCACAAGAAGUUGAAAAGCACCAUCCAGAGAAGCACGGAGACAGGAAUGGCAGCUGAGAUGAGGAAGAUGGUGAGGCAGCCAAGCCGGGAGUCCACAGAUGGCAGCAUCAACAGCUACAGCUCCGAGGGGAAUUUAAUAUUUCCUGGAGUGAGACUAGGCGCGGAUAGUCAAUUCAGUGAUUUUCUUGAUGGAUUGGGACCAGCCCAGCUUGUUGGCCGCCAGACCCUUGCUACCCCUGCAAUGGGUGACAUACAGAUUGGAAUGGAGGAUAAAAAGGGCCAGUUAGAAGUUGAAGUGAUUAGAGCACGAAGCCUCACGCAGAAACCCGGCUCCAAAUCCACACCUGCUCCUUAUGUCAAAGUGUAUCUUUUGGAGAAUGGGGCCUGCAUAGCCAAGAAGAAGACAAGAAUUGCACGAAAGACCCUUGACCCUUUGUAUCAACAGUCCCUGGUUUUUGAUGAAAGUCCACAGGGUAAAGUCCUUCAGGUGAUUGUCUGGGGGGACUACGGCAGGAUGGACCACAAAUGCUUCAUGGGGGUGGCUCAGAUCUUGUUGGAGGAACUCGAUCUUUCCAGCAUGGUCAUCGGCUGGUACAAGCUGUUCCCACCGUCAUCACUGGUUGACCCCACGCUCACCCCUCUCACCCGCCGGGCUUCCCAGUCAUCUCUGGAAAGUUCCACUGGGCCCCCCUGCAUCCGGUCCUAAUGAACUCACACCAGUAAGACUCUACCUUCAGGAUAGUAAUCUGAACCAGAUAUUUCAUGAGCAUUGUUGGAGACAGACAAUCAACCUGUGUUUUGCCUGUAGUCGUUUUUCAAUAAUAUGUCCCAAUCGUUGUUUAAAAACCUGGCUUCACAUGACAGAACAAGGCAGUCUAUCAAAUACAGGAAGAGUCAACGUGCUAGAGAAUCACUGAUGCUUCUAACAAAUGAAAGAGAGGAAACUGCAAAUUCACACACACAUGCGCACAUGCACACACCAAACUGAACAAACUGGAAAUUGUCACUCUUGUGAAAAGCUGUAUUUUAUGUGUUUUUUGCACAAACCACAAGGAGUGUUAUUUCCCCGGUGUUUAAGUUUUGUUUGUGUGUUAUUUGUUGAUUUCAGUUGAUUUCCGAUUUGUUUCGAUUUGAUUCAGUUUUCACUGCAUUUGUUGUUUCUACUCGUUUUCAGCUGUGUCAUGACAGGGCUCGUGAUGUUUACAGAGACCCUUCCUUUCUUUUUCCAAAAGCACCAAAAAAAAAAAGGGCUGAAGCAGUCUCUGUAGCAUCUCUGCGGAGUGUGCACCAUGAGACAAAGUGAGGCCAAUGCAGGGCUUCACUGACUUUUGCUUUAUGAUUCUUCAAGUUCUUAUGUGUAGAAACCCAGAAAAUGAAAAUUAUCCCCCCAAAACAAAUAAUCACAAAAUCACUUUUUUGAAUGGAGCUCAUGUCUGUUUGUGUUCUAAAACAUUAAUUUAUGUUUUCCAUUGUUUUGCAUGGAAGACCUUUACAGAACUGAGUCUGCAGCAAAUGCUGGGAACUAACCUAAAUGCAUCGUUGUACCUUGGAAACACUCCUUGUUAUGCCUUUUCCUUCCUGACAUCCAAAAUAAAAGCAAGUAUAUGCUCAUGUGUACAAACCAUAUGUUUGACUUCCCAAAAUGGUGACUAGAAAUGGAGUUGAGCCUCAGACACUUUGAAUGAUGCCCAGGCUCCUUGGCCACAUCUCAGUGUAGACUUAGUACCCGUCCUGGCAAGAACAUGGUAUGGGCUAUUAAUAUGCCACUGGAAAUUUCAUUUGAAAUAUUCCACACUAAACUAAUGAUUUUUAUCAAAUUUUAGUUUACAUUUCUUUGAAAUUGAUGCAAGCACAACGCUUGUUUUUUUUAAUGCAAAUUAUCUUACUUUGGGGUGGGGGAAAUAAAACAAAGUCCAAUUCAAUUUGCAUUUUCUUCAUCUGAGUUUUUCUUGGCCUUGAAUUCCCUUGUGACCUUCUGUAUCUGUGCUAACAACUGCAGACUCUGCAGGUGCAUCAAGACCUUGUCCCUCCUUUUAUGAGUCCCUCCACUUUUGUGACUCCACAAAUAGAGCAGCAUGACUUGGAACUGUUCAAAGCUGCAUGCACGUUUUAUUAAAAAAAAAAAAAAAAAGGAUAAAGAAAAAAAAAGAAAGGAAAAAAGAAAAGAAACAAAAGGUCAUUUAAUAAUGUAUGUUAGUUCCACAUAGGCCAGCUUGUAUGUUGCAUGUCCUUGUACAGUUUGCUUGUUAAUUACUCUACUGAAAUAACCAAGAAAUCUAAGCCAUCCAUUUUUGUUACAGACAUUUUGCAAGUUUUAGCCAGACUCCGUCUGUGAGUCUGAGGUGAAAUGUCUAUAGAUGGACUUUAUUUUUUACCCUCUGGAAAACGUGGUGUAGUAUGGACCAAAUUCCUUCUAAUAAAUAUUUUGGUGUAGAUUCCUCCUGUGGGGCUGUAACACAUGUAGACACUGUGUACACAUAGGUUUUAAUCCAUAGACAUACUGCCUGCACCAAGUGAAUUAUUUAUUAUUUACACACGCCAGAAUGACCUGCCCACUGUUCCCAGGGCACAGAUUGACCACGGGUCACCAUGCUGAGCAGGAAGGACUGAAGCAUUGGUGUACUUCUGCUAGAUACCGUUCUGUCUUAGUGGCCAACGAUCAACUGAUUCUAAUUGGGUAGUAUCUUUCUAUUUGACCACUUGUCUUAACACUCCCCUGUGCUUUUAAAUGAACUUCCAACUCAUGUAUGUAAACAUGUUUAAUAAAAUUUACUUUUCAUGUCAGUCCACA